CGUAGCUGAUGACAGGAGCUGGUCUGGAGAUCAGGAAGGAGCCUCACAGACGUCAAGCAAUCAAACUGAAGUCCCGCGAUCAAAGCAGUCUUUUGAAUGCGAUCAGUGCGGGAAAGCCUUUCCGAAGAUGUUUUCUCUCGUGCAGCACAAACGCGUGCAUUCAAUCGCCAGGCCUCACGCUUGUGAAAAGUGCGGAAAGAAAUUCACGCUGCAGAGAGCGCUGGAGACCCACCUUCGCAAGCACUCGCAGAAGCCCGAGAAGCAGAAGUUUCCCUGCGCUACCUGCGGGAAGAGCUUCAGGGACCUCGCGGCGCACGAGCUCGUCCACGCCGAGGUCAAACCGUUCGCCUGCGAAACCUGCGGACAGGGGUUCACGAUCAAAAGGAGUUUAUACAUGCACCAGAGGGUGCACACGGGCGAGAAACCCUACAGAUGCGACACCUGUGGCAAGUGCUUCUCCCUCAUCGGCACGUUGAACUACCACAAAAGGAUCCAUUCAAACGACAGGCCGAUAAAAUGCAGCCACUGCAAUAAGAGCUUCAAAUAUCACAAGCUUCUGAAACACCACCUGCGCGUGCACACGGGCGAGAGGCCGCACACGUGCGACGUCUGCGGGAAGAGCUUCGCGCUCUCCGGGACUCUAAAACGACACGUCCUCAUUCACACCGGCGACAAGCCGUACGUGUGCGAGGUGUGCGGCAGGCGAUUCAACCAGAGGAGCACCCUGAAAGGCCACAUGCGAGUGCACGGGGAAAAGCGGUUCAUGUGCGAAAUGUGCGGGAAAACGUUCCAGUAUAAUUACGUCCUGAGGAACCACAUCCUCACGCACGGCCAGGGCGGACACGCGGGCGAUAAGAGCAACGCUCGGCGCUGCGACGUGUGCGGGAAGCUGCUGAGCUCCGCCUACGCGUUAAAAGCGCACUCGCAGCUGCACUCGGGCGACGGCAAGCCUCACGCGUGCGCGCUGUGCGACAGAAGGUACAGCAGCGCGCACUCCCUCCGGAUGCACGCGCAGCUCCACACGGGAGAGAAACCCUUCAGGUGCGACGUCUGCGGCAAAGACUUCUCUCUGAGGGCUUCGUAUAAAACCCACGUGUUUCUGCAUUCGGGAGAAAGACCUCACGAGUGCGCGUCGUGCGGGAAGCUGUUCAAGCUGUCGAGCUCUUUGAAGAUGCACGCGCGCACCCACACCGGCGAAAAACCGCACAAGUGCGAAACGUGUGGGAAGGCGUUUCAUUUGUCGGCCAACCUGAAAAGGCACCGGCUCGUGCACACCGGGGAGAAGCCGUUUACCUGUGACAUUUGUUUGAAGAGUUUCACGCAGCCCAACAACUUGAAGGCGCACAUGCACGUUCACACGGGGAAAAAACCGUACACGUGCACCAAGUGCUGGAAAAGUUUUGCCUAUCAGAGAAACUACAAAGAUCACAAAUGCGCUCCGCUUUGAGAUGCUUUGAGAUGUGUCGGACUGCUGAAUUGGGGUCUGCCUACAGGCCCUUGGAUUUCGUUGUAAAGCUUGUAAAUCAUUUUGAAAGUUAGACUGAAUUAAUUUAUUUAUUA